UCGGGCUCGGGAUUGCAAACAGAAAGUAGGCAGCCGAACAAAAACACAUUCUUACAAAAUGAGCAAGAAAAUGAAACACAACAACCAGUUUGUCAUGGUUGGAACAUCUGGCGAGGAAGAUUCAAGACCAUUUGUUUGGAAAUGCUUGGACGAAAUCGGAAAACGAGUUGAAAAAUUGCGAGAAGAUGCGGUUAAAUUGGAGGCUGAGAAGAAAGUGUUGUUGUCAAUGUUACAAGAUGUCCAAGAUAAAAAUAACCGAAACAUGCCAGAGGUAGAGGUUGAAGAAAUUGAAGCCAUGGCAGAGAGACUGGUUUGUCGAUGUCUUACAGUAGAUAUUGGAAUCAUUACACCGAGAACUGAGGAACAGGAAACAGCUCUGAACAAAGUGAAUAAACUUAUGCAUGAAAUUGAACAGCAGUUCAACCUUGACAUUCAAAAGACCCUCCACAGGGCUAAGGCUUACCUUAAUGCUUGCCUCUCUGAACCAGUGGGAGCUCAUAUAGAUCAUCGCUUCCAAGGAAUGAUUAUUGAGUGUAACAUUGAUGACCAGAAGAAAAUCAGAAAAAGGCUUGAAUGUCUUGUGGAGACGUAUUCACCAUCAGAAGAUUUGAAUGGAUAAAAUUUAUUAUGAAUGGUUGUUUAAAUAUAGAUUGCUUCUUAUGACAUAUAUCCAGGAAAAUGGCAAAGUGAUAUUACUUUAAGUAGGCAAGUAUUUGUAAUCUCAGUUGUGCUGUACAACCCACUAUUGUUUCUAUAAACUUCAAUACCGUAAUUUUUAAAAAAUUAAAAGUCUACUUAAUAAGGUA